AGCAAUAAAGAAAAAGAUUCCAUAACAAACUUAAAACAAAAAUGAGAAAAGCGACGAAAUUAUAUUUAUGAAAAAGGAGAAAAGCUAUAGAGUAGUACUCUUAUCGGUUUUUAACACUUUCGAGUUACCUAAUGAAAUUGGGCUUGCACGACAAGAGCCCACGAAUACAAAUAGUGAAUCAAGCCAGGGCCCAGGCCCAACUAAAACCACGUGCCUACCAAGGACACACGUGCAAAGUCUGAUUCGCUCCAAAUUAGGGUUUUGGGGACUGAGGUAUAUUACUUGAGCUAAAUUUUCAAGGCUUCAACCUCCGUCUUCGUCUACAUCUUCCAAGCAGGAAAAACCCUAAUUUACAGAAAUGGCGAGGAUUAAGGUUCACGAGCUUAGGACCAAGAACAAGGCUGAUUUGCAGAGCCAGUUGAAGGAUCUGAAGGCUGAGCUUGCUCUUCUCCGGGUCGCUAAGGUCACUGGCGGUGCACCUAACAAGCUCUCCAAGAUAAAGGUGGUGAGGCUUUCGAUUGCACAGGUUUUGACUGUGAUUUCGCAGAAGCAAAAGGCUGCUUUGAGAGAAGUAUAUAAGAAUAAGAAGCUUUUGCCGCUCGAUCUGCGUACAAAGAAGACCAGGGCUAUCAGGAGGCGUCUCACCAAGCACCAGUUGUCAUUGAAGACCGAAAGAGAAAAGAAGAGAGAAAUCUACUUUCCAAUGAGGAAGUACGCUAUCAAGGUGUAAUGUUAGAUCUUCUUGGGAAGUUCUUAACAUGUUUUCAUCCAUUUCUAGGAUAUACUUUUAAAAUGUUUUUUUAGCUGCUUUUCAAAUUUAAUCAUUGGGGACAGUAUCAUCACCAUUGAGUUUUUGGUUUUUCCUUUGUUCAGUUAUAUGCAUCCUAUGUAGUACUACUACUACUUCAAUUAUUGGUUUUAGUCUCAACAAA